GUGGAUUCUUCGCUACUUGCAGGAGGAUCAGGCGAGCAGUGAGGAGGAGGAGAACGCUGGCCGCCCCCGCGCGCCCUCCUCCUCCUGCUCCUCCGUCGCCGACUUCGAGUGGGAGGUGUGGGGCGACCCGCGAGAGGUGGCACGCAGGCGGGCGGAGAGGGCCCGGCAGCGGCUGGGGCCGGAGGAGCGGCGGAGGCAGCUGGCGGAGGAGUGGGGGAAGGCCAAGGAAGUGGCGGCGCGGGCCAAGACGGCGGGUGACAAGGCGCGUCAGAAGGACGCGGGCCUCAUGAUCCGCGACCUGAAGCAGGAGAUG